CUAAAAAAUUAUAUUUUCAGAAUAAAAAAUGGGGGACAGUGACGAUGAUAGAGAGUAUCGGGGACGACGGGACAAGUUCCAUACUGAAAGGAGAGGCUAUGAAGGCGGGGAAAGAUUUGGCGAUGAAUGGCGGGAACCACGCCCUCUUCCUCCCCCGACAUACGCCUCUGGAUUCCGACCACGUCCUUCUUAUGGCGGAGGAGGCGGAGAAUUCCGUCGAGCUCGGUAUUCACCGGAGAGGCGGAGAGAAAUGUCUCCACCUCCUAAGCGAAUUCGUGGCGGUUGGGAGGAAGAAAGAUAUGGUGGUGGUGGUCGAGGAUAUGAAGGAGAGUUUGAACGAGAGUUUGAUAGACCUCCUCCUCCCAGUAGACCUUCUCAUGGGAGUUCAAGACAUAAACCGAAGGAAGACGAUGUUGACGGAUUUCAACCUGCCAUGAUGUCAUUCAAGUCAUUUAUGCAUACUCAGGAUGAUUCUAUCUCCGACGAGGAAGGGAUUAAAAAGUAUGCAGAGUAUAAACUGGAGUUCAGGAGACAACAGCUGAACGAGUUCUUUGUCACGCACAAGGAGGAAGAGUGGUUCAGGCAAAAGUAUCAUCCUGAAGACAGUGUAAAGAGAAGAGAAGAUCUUAAGUCUAUGUUGUUACGUAGAGUCGAACUUUUUCAGGAGUUUACUGACUCUGGGAUGUUUAAAGAUUUAACUUUAGACGGAGAUAAGCAGGAUGCUUUAAUGAAGGUGCUUGACUCAGUAGUGAUAAAACUAGAGGGAGGAACAGACUUCGAUCUGACAGUCCUUGAUUAUCCAGACGAGGAGGAGAGCAAGGAUAGAGAUAAGGACAGGGAGAAAGACAGGGAUAGGGAUGAGGAUAGAGGACGGAAGAGGAAGAGAGAAAAGGUAAAAGAGGACGAUGACAAACCUGAAGAUGAAAACGCUGCAUUGAUGAAGAAAGCUAAAGAGUUUCUUAAGUUUAUGGAUCCAGAAAAGGAUAACAAAGACGAAGAGGAACCAAAGAAUGGGGACAAAAAUGAGAAAAAGAGAAAUCUUGAAAAUAAUAAGGAUGGUGAAGACGACAAAGAAAAAGAAAACGACAACGACGAGGAGAAAGAAGAUAAAGAAGAAAGUGAGGAUAAGAAAGAGGAGCAGACAGAUGAAAAGAAAGAAACUGAUGAAAACGAGGUCAAGGCUGACAAGGAAGAGGACAAAGUAAAGGAAAAAGAAAAAGAAAUGAAAGCGUCUAAAGAUGAUGACGAUGGUGAGGAUGAUGAGAAAGUUAAGAAGGCUGAUGAUGAUUCUGACAGUGACGAUGAUGAUGAUGAAAAAGAACGAGAGAAGGGAAAGAAAAGGGAGCCAAGCAAACCUCGAAGUUUACAUAAAACGAUGUCAAUAUUUCUCCGUAACCUCGCACCAACUAUUACCAAACUAGAAGUGGAAACUAUGUGUAAAAGGUACGAUGGAUUCCUACGUGCUGCAAUUGCCGACCCUGCACCUGACCGGCGUUGGUUCCGACGGGGUUGGGUCACCUUCAGAAGGGAUGUCAAGAUUAAGGAUAUUUGUUUUAAUUUGAACAAUAUCAGGCUUAAGGAUUGUGAGCUGGGACCUAUUGUAAACAGGGAUCUAAUGCGCAGAAUCCGAACUGUGCCUGGUCUGACCUGUGAUAGGAAGGUUGUGAGGAAUGAUAUAAAGCUGGCCGCCAAGAUUAUCACCAACCUGGACAACAAGUGGGGGCUCUGGCAGGGAGAGAAGAAGGAUGAUGUUAUUGGUUUGGACAGCUCCAACCCUCUUCUCUCCAACAUUACUGAUUAUCUGAUCGAGGAAGCAAGUGCUGAGGAGGAAGAGCUCCUGGGUUUAAAGGAUGGAGAUGAGGAAGGGGAGGAUGGAGGAGAAGGUGUAACCAUUACAAGAGAUGAUGAGCUGAUUCAGGUUCUGGACAAGAUGAUCUUGUAUCUGAGAAUAGUUCACAGUGUGGAUUUCUACAACCAUAGCGAGUAUCCUAAUGAGGAUGAGAUGCCCAACAGGUGUGGAAUAUUGCAUGCUCGAGGACUGGCCCCAUCCACUAAGGUUCCUACGAAGGAGAUUGAGGAAUACAUUGCUGGAUUUGAGAAGAAGAUGGGAGGGUUCCUGGUCCCUAGAUUGGAUCUUACAGACGAGGAAGCAAUGAAACUUGGUUUGAAGAACGAGGAGGAUGAAGUUGAAAAGUUUAUCUCCGCCAACACCCAGGAGCUGGGCAAGGAUAAAUGGCUCUGCCCUCUCUCAGGUAAAAAGUUUAAAGGUCCGGAUUUCGUGCAGAAGCAUAUCUUCAACAAGCACGGGGAGAAGGUGGAGGAGGUGAAGAAGGAGGUCAGGUUCUUCAACAUGUAUCUCAAGGAUCCGAAAAGACCUCAGUUGCCAGAACACCCAACAAGUAAACCAGGGAUGAGUCGGAGUAGUGGGGGUAGACAACCUGAACCUGGAUACGAGUACUCCGGUCCUAACAGAGAUGUAACAAAGUACCCUGUAUACGGGGAGAGAGGAGAGCGGGGUUAUGAAAGAGAAUUCCGUGGAGAACGGGGAUACAGACAACCUCCUCCACCCCGAAGAGAACCCUUCCCUCCUCCUAGAUACAGGGGGAACAUGGAUACCUUCAGUGGGAGACCUGUUAUAACCUACCGAGACUGGGAUGCACCUAAUGAUGAAUAUUACUAGAACUAUCCUGGCAAUAAUAAUUGCAUGAACUAACACUACUGUAUAUUUCACUGUACAUUAUAUGUACAAUGAUUAAUGUACAUGUAGCACCCAAUUGUACUGCUUGGUGUACCAGUAGUAAAUGUUAACUAAAUAAAACUUGAAUAAACUAACUUUUGUAUUUGAACACAUGCCGAAAAAUAGUUUCGUGUUUCACCGCACACCGACAUUUUUUGUUGUUGUAUUUUGAUAUAAAAUGUAAUUAAAUUUAAAAACAAAUCUUGAUUCAGAUUGAAUUGUGCAGAGCAUGGAAUUUUUGGUUAAGACAAAGUUAAACUGCAAAGCCUUAACUCCUUAAUAGGAAACUUAUCAUUAGCCUGAUAGGUUAUUGAUCAAAUUAAUUUGGGGUGGUGCACUGCGGAGAAACGACUCGACUUUCUCUGAUCAAGAUUUGCAGUUAUGUUCAAAAGUUUCCGGCUCAGAUCUAUAGUAGAUCUGGUAUUUAUUUUUUGUACCAAUUAUUUUGUAUCAUGCAUAAUGUAUAUGCAACAAUUGCAGUACACUUCUGUUUACAUAUUUAACAAACUUUGUGGGAAACAAGCUUGUUUAUAUUAAAUAAAAAAUCAAUAUUUAUUUUAAA